ACUCCGUGUAUAUAUGGAAGAUGCGCGCGCAAUUUUCAGCUGUGCAGGUGCAGCUGAAUACCCCGCGUAAAAUAGGCAGGCUGCCGAGGAAAGAUUAUACACGAGCAACAAUGUCGUCUAAGAGGAGAGGAAAAGCGAAAUUGCUGGAAACGUUAAAGGAAAAAGUCGGAGAAUUAAUGGAUGCAAUACACAACAUUGAGGACCACCACCAUCUAACGCAUGAGAAAAUCGACGACCUGCAAGAUAUCAUAAAGAAAACUAGUAAUUAUAUUGAACGAUUGAGGAAGGCCAUGGAGCCUCCACAACGAGGCAGCGAACAGAACCAGGGAACACCUCCUACAAAAAAGGCAGAGGCUAAAACUGAAGAGAGUCCCAAGAGCGAAAUUGUUAAUGAAAAGAUAAAAAAGCGUACAAGCAGUCAAGUUCAACAGAAUGAUGAUGAUGCUCCAUCUCGAAAAUAUCAGAAGAAGAACGAUGGUUCCCCAACAACAAUGGAUUGCUUAGGACGACCGCCAUCCCCCUGAAGAUCCUUUGGCUUUAUACAUAUAAAUAAAUAA